AUGCCUCAUAAACACAAGCGCCGGCAAAAUGACGAAAGCACCUACGACCUCCCGCCAUCCCUAAUAGCCAAAUCCCUCCCGGUCAGAGAUCCCUCAAAACCCAGCGGGAAAGACAAAUUCAACGGCAAGCAAAAAUCAAAGCGAACCGGAAAUCCAAACGCGAAGCCGAAAUCUCAACCCCACGCAACAGACGGCAAGGCGCCCGCGCCAAAGCCAAACGAAAAAGCGAUUGCUGCAACGUCAAGACGCAAAUCUGCCUUGGAGGAUGAUACGCCGCGCGCAUUCCGACAACUGAUGCAGUUCCAGGAGAGAAGGCAGACGCAGCAGAGCAAAAAGCGGAGACGCGAUGGCGAUGGCAGCGAUAGUGACAGCGGCAGCGAAAGCGAUACCCCCGUUGUUCCGCGCAAGAAUAAGAACAAGAAGCAAUCAGUCACAACAACCACGAAGCCAGAAGAGGUAGAAACGAAGACGGUCGCGCCGAAGAUCCUGCCUGGCGAGAAACUGGCUGACUUCGCGGCUCGCGUGGACCGCGAAAUGCCCCUCGCGGAUAUGAAGCGGUCGAACAAACCAACAUCUAACGACCUCCCUAAGAUCCGCGAGCAGCGCACAACGAAGCACGAAAAACAUCUGAAGAGGCUACAGUCGCAGUGGCGUGAGGACGACGCCCGGAUCAAGGAGCGCGAGGCGGCGGAGCGGGAGGAACGGCAGGAAGAGAUGGAGGAGCAGCUGCAGCUGUGGAAGGACUGGGAGGUUGAGGCUGGCAAAAAGAAGAGGAAUCCGAACCAUUCUGGUGGUGCGAAGAAGAGGAAGGGAGGCGAGGACGAUGACGGACCUGAUCCAUGGGCGAAGCUGAAGAAGAAGAGGGCAGGCGUGAAUCCGUUUGAGGUUGCGCAGGAGCCGCCGCAGUUGAAGAAGCCGAGGGAGAUAUUCAAGGUGCGUGGUGGGGCAAAGGUGGAUGUUGCGAAUGUGCCUGCUUCUGUGGGAAGUUUGAGGAGGCGAGAGGAGCUUGCGAAUGAGCGGAGGAAUAUUGUCGAGGAAUAUCGGCGGUUGAUGGCGGAGAAGAGGGGGGCUUGA